CAGUACAAAAAGGAGGGCUGACUUUGUGGACCAGCCUCCUGCAGCCUUGUUUGAGAGGGAGGAAGCAAGUGAGCCAGAGAAGCUGUUGGUAUUGUGAGUGAUUUGUUGCUGAGAUGGCCAGGUUGAGUAUGUGGCGGAGCACCGUGGCGCUGCCCCUGUCCUGCAUGGAGGAACCGGUUGCCUCUGGCAUUCGCAGGAGCAGCAGCAUGCCGGUGAUUCGGCAGGCGUACCCAGAGAGCAGCAGCAUCAUCCGGCCGUUCAGUGAGAUUCCUGGACUCUGGAAGAAUGGGGUGGUUAACCUGUACAACUUCUGGAAGCUGGAUGGCUUUAGAAAUCUUCACCGUAUCAUGCUGCAGAACUUCAACACAUUUGGACCCAUUUACAGGGAGAAAAUAGGUUAUUAUGAAAGUGUAAAUAUCAUCAAACCAGAGGAUGCUGCAAUUCUCUUUAAAGCAGAGGGCCAUUAUCCUAAAAGGCUGAAAGUUGAAGCAUGGACGUCAUACAGAGACUACAGGAACCGCAAAUAUGGGGUUCUCCUAAAGAACGGUGAAGACUGGAGAAACAACCGUGUGAUUCUUAACAAGGAGGUGAUUUCCCUGAAGAUGCUGGAAAACUUUGUGCCACUGCUGGACGACGUGGGCCAGGAUUUUGUGGCCAGAGUUCACAAAAAAAUUAAACGAAGUGGCCAGAACAAAUGGACCACAGACUUGUCUCAAGAACUUUUCAAAUACGCUCUAGAGUCGGUGAGCUCAGUGCUGUAUGGGGAGCGGCUGGGCCUGAUGCUGGACUACAUUGACCCUGAAGCUCAGCACUUUAUAGACUGCAUCACACUCAUGUUCAAGACCACUUCCCCCAUGCUGUACAUUCCUCCUGCUCUGCUGAGGCAGGUCGGAGCAAAGGUGUGGCGGGACCACGUGGAGGCGUGGGAUGGAAUAUUUAACCAAGCUGACCGCUGCAUCCAGAACAUCUAUAGGCAGCUGCGUCAGGAAACAGGAACAUCCAAGGAAUACCCAGGAGUGUUGGCCAGUUUGCUUCUGUUGGACAAGCUGUCCAUUGAAGACAUCAAGGCCAGUGUGACUGAACUAAUGGCUGGAGGAGUGGACACUACUUCCAUAACGCUUCUGUGGACGCUGUAUGAAUUAGCCAGACACCCAAACCUCCAGGAGGAGCUGAGGGAAGAGGUUGCUGCGGCUCGGACUGCAAGCCAGGGGGACAUGCUGGACAUGCUGAAGAGGAUUCCUUUGGUCAAAGGUGCUCUUAAAGAAACACUCAGGUUGCAUCCAGUUGCAGUAAGCCUGCAAAGAUACAUAGCUGAAGACAUAAUUAUUCAAAACUAUCACAUCCCAGCUGGGACUUUGGUCCAGUUAGGGCUUUAUGCGAUGGGCAGGGAUCCCAAGGUGUUCUUCCGUCCGGAGCAGUACCUUCCGUCUCGCUGGCUGAGGACUGAGACGCAGUACUUCAGAAGUCUGGGCUUCGGUUUUGGUCCCCGUCAGUGUCUGGGACGCAGGAUAGCUGAGACGGAGAUGCAGAUCUUUCUUAUCCAUAUGCUUGAAAACUUCCGAUUUGAGAAGCAGCGCAAUGUGGAAGUACAGAGUAUGUUUGAGCUCAUUCUCGUGCCAGAUAAGCCUAUAAUAUUAACUCUGAAACCUUUGCAAGUCAGUCAGUAAGGGAUUUAGGAAAUUUCUGAUGCAUGUGAAGCUGUUCUCUUUUCAAUAGCCCCUUUUAUGGGCUUCCAAAAGUAUUGCAGUCUUAAACAUCUUAAAUUCCUUAUGAAAAAGAUAAAAAUGUGACCUCAGAGGUUUAGUAGUCAUAUUUGUUGUACAUAGCUUAGUAAAUACUUUGAUUUAACAGUGGAUUAUUGGUCUGUGUAAACAAAACUGGAUUCCGUCUCAUUCCUGUAAUAUAUUUAUGUAUAUUUGUUCAAACUGAUAAGGAAUAAAUAGCAAAACUGA